GCCGUGUAUGUUUGUGAACCAGAAGGAAUAUCAGCACAAGGGACGCUGCAGCUGAGUAUAUACAAGCGCUCGUAGGCGUUUAAAUUUAAUACCAACGCCAUUCCUUCAGCAGGUAUCAGGACACUGUUGAAGCUUCAUCGUAAUCCUAUCUUAUCCCAGAAUCGCAUUUUUCCUAUAACAACUCUUCGAGUCCAACGUCACUUCAAUCAUCGACACAUUUCUUUCUUAUCUCCCAUGACAAGCUACAUUACUGGCGACGAACUUGCAGAGAUAAUCCGGAGUGGCAAGAUUCCCAAGAAAGAUUAUCUUGUAGUCGACGUUCGGGACGAUGAUUACGCCGGAGGGAACAUCGUUGGAGGCCUCAAUGUGCCUUCAAAUGAAUUUCUCAAUAAUGUGGAUAAAUUGGUGAAGGAAACUAAAGACGUCCCGCUCGUGAUUUUUCACUGCGCGUUAAGCCAAGUUCGAGGACCGAAAGCCGCAAGGAUAUACAAAGAAACACGUCAAAAUGUACUCUCCGAAACCGAUUCCACUUCUUCAUCCAAGAUUCUUGUCCUCCGUGAUGGAUUUACAGGUUUCCAGAGCAAAUUCAAGGAUGACGCGAACCUGGUUGAGAAUUGGGACAAGGAUGUCUGGGCCUCUGAUUGGAACUGAACUCUUCGGCGUUGAUUGAUGUCUUCACUUGAAUCUCCAUUUGUCGCAUACAUACUUGGCUAUAAAGAAGUUAGGUAUAUACACGUUGAAAACGAUGUACAUCACACACUGUGAGAUUGC